UUUCCUUUCUUUAUUUCAAUCGAUCAUGUCCGAAACAAACCUUUCCGGCGUUAAACACAUUGUGCUAGUACUUAGUGGAAAAGGAGGAGUGGGCAAAUCGUCAGUAACAACACAAUUGGCCCUUAGUUUAGUCGAGAAGGGAUUUAAAUGUGGAAUCAUGGAUGUUGAUCUUACGGGCCCUUCCAUUCCUCGCAUGCUCGGUCUUGAUGGACACCAAGUGCACCAAUCGUCCAAGGGCUGGGUGCCCGUAUAUGCAGACAGCAAGCAGAAUCUGGCCUGCAUGUCGAUCGGCUUUUUGCUUACUAAUAAAAACGAUUCCGUCGUUUGGCGAGGACCUAAAAAGACAGCAAUGAUCAAGCAAUUUUUACAAGAUGUAUGCUGGGGCGAACUCGACUAUCUGCUGAUUGAUACACCACCUGGCACAUCGGACGAACACAUUGCUACCAUCGAAAACUUGAAGGAAUAUUCUCCGGAUGGUGCCGUGGUUGUGACAACACCUCAGGGCGUGGCGAUUGCGGAUGUGCGUAAAGAACUGUCGUUCUGUAAAAAGGUCAAGUUACCGGUAUUGGGCGUUGUCGAGAACAUGAGCGGCUUUGUGUGCCCGCAUUGUACCGAGUGCACAAAUAUCUUUGCAUCCGGUGGUGGCGAGGCUAUGGCUGGCGAGUAUGGGAUCGAGUUUUUGGGACGUGUGCCAAUUGAUCCGGGUUUCACUAUGAUGGUGGAAACGGACGGUGACGGAUCUUACGUCAAUUCGUUUGAAAAAUCCAACCUGUUCCCCAUCUUUAAAACUAUCAGCAGUCGAGUAGUAGAAUUAACGCCAUCACAAUAAGCAGGUGCAGCAUCAUCCUCAUCCUAAACCCACACCGUUCGCUCUCUCUCUUUCUCUCUCUCCCCAUUUACCAUACAUGCGAAAUUUGUACAUAUGAAUAC